CCGUCUUGUCUCUACUAGCGAUCCCUACCCCUCCAGCCUCCAGACGUGGAAAUGGAUAACGGCGCCAGCUUCAAUUGAAUCAUCCAAAAGACCUCAGAGGAACCCCGUGUCACUACAACAUGCCUUCCAACGCCCAUAAUCCAACCCGUAUCGCCAUCCUAGGCAAAGAGGACAUUAUCAUUGACUUCGACAUUUGGCGGGGCUUUGUUGUGGAGGACUUGCUUUCAAACCUCUCCUCCUCCACAUAUGUCCUCAUCACGGAUACGAACCUUUCCCCGCUGUAUGUCUCGGUCUUCAAGCAAUCCUUCGAGAGCCUUGCGCCUAGAUUGAACCCGUCAUGUCGACUCCUCACAUACGAGAUCCCCCCCGGCGAAAGCUCCAAGGGUAGGGAAACGAAAGCUGAGAUUGAAGAUUGGAUGUUAUCACAACAAUGUACAAGAGAUACCGUCAUAAUCGCAUUGGGAGGAGGUGUCAUAGGAGACAUGAUCGGCUACGUCGCCGCAACGUUUAUGAGGGGCGUACGCUUUGUGCAAGUUCCUACCACCUUGUUAUCUAUGGUAGACUCCUCAAUUGGAGGGAAGACUGCAAUCGACACCCCGCUGGGCAAAAAUCUGAUAGGCGCUUUCUGGCAACCACAGAGGAUAUACAUUGAUUUGCGAUUCCUGGAGACUUUGCCAGUUCGUGAAUUCAUCAAUGGCAUGGCGGAAGUGAUCAAAACCGCAGCAAUAUGGGACGAGGCCGAGUUCUCAGCCUUGGAGGAUAAUGCUGGUCUUCUCAUGGCCACAAUCCGGGCGAAAUCCGCCAACUCAUCAACGAGAUUAGAUCCAAUUCGGGAUAUCCUGAAAAGAAUAGUGCUAGGCUCAGCGCGAACCAAGGCGCAAGUUGUGUCGGCCGACGAGAGGGAGGGAGGUUUGAGAAACCUUUUGAACUUUGGCCAUUCUAUUGGCCACGCAUUUGAAGCAAUUCUUACCCCUCAAGUUCUACAUGGGGAAGCUGUGGCCAUUGGCAUGGUUAAAGAGGCCGAAUUGGCUCGUCAUUUAGGAGUUCUAAAGCCCGGUGCUGUGGCACGACUUGUGAAGUGCAUUGGAAGUUACGGCCUUCCCACAUCAGUCCGAGAUAAACGCAUUCAGAAACUCACAGCUGGGAAGCAUUGCCCUGUCGACGUGCUGCUGGACAAAAUGGGCGUUGACAAGAAGAAUGAUGGCAGGAAGAAGAAGAUUGUUCUGCUAUCUGCAAUUGGAAAAACAUACGAGCCUAAGGCUACUGUGGUCGAAGACCGUGCGAUCAGAAUUAUUCUUUCAGAUGCGAUUGAAGUCACUCCUGGCGUGCCAAAGUCUCUGCAGAAUGAAGUUAUUCCGCCAGGGUCCAAGAGUAUCUCGAACCGUGCUCUCGUCCUGGCCGCUCUCGGUACUGGACCUUGUCGCAUAAAGAAUCUGUUGCAUUCUGAUGAUACGGAAUUUAUGCUUAGUGCAAUUGCCAAGCUUGGUGGUGCAACUUUCGCAUGGGAAGAUGCUGGCGAGACUCUCUUAGUCCAAGGUAAAGGUGGUGACUUGAGAGCUAGCCCCAGUGAAUUGUACAUUGGAAACGCUGGAACCGCGUCACGAUUUUUGACAACCGUUGUCACACUUUGCAAACCCUCGACAGUCUCAUCAACUAUCCUCACAGGAAAUGCACGAAUGAAGGUCAGGCCGAUAGGACCUCUGGUUGAUUCCCUUCGAGCUAAUGGGGCUGAGAUCGAGUACCUUGAAAACGAGCAUAGUCUACCACUCAAGGUCACUGCAUCUGGUGGAUUUGCUGGCGGAGAGAUUCAGCUUGCUGCUACAGUCUCGUCUCAAUAUGUCUCGUCGCUUCUCAUGUGUGCUCCGUACGCCAAAAGUCCAGUGACGCUCCGCUUAGUCGGCGGUAAACCAAUCUCGCAGCCAUACAUCGACAUGACAACUGCUAUGAUGGCUGAAUUCGGUGUCAAGGUUGUUCGUUCGAAGACUGAAGACAAUACUUAUCAUAUCCCUCAAGGAGUCUAUCGAAACCCUGCAGAAUAUGUUGUUGAAAGCGAUGCCAGCUCUGCCACAUAUCCUUUAGCUGUUGCAGCCAUCUCUGGAACAACCUGCACCAUACCAAAUAUCGGCUCUAAAUCACUUCAAGGAGAUGCGCGCUUCGCUGUAGAGGUCUUACGACCCAUGGGAUGCACUGUUGUCCAGACAGAUCAUUCCACAACCGUGACUGGACCGGGAUCUGGCCAGCUUAAGGCAAUUGAGGAGGUAGACAUGGAGCCCAUGACCGAUGCUUUCCUGACUGCUACAGUUCUCGCUGCUGUCGCGAGGGGGACGACAAGAAUUCGAGGCAUUGCUAAUCAGCGAGUCAAGGAAUGCAACCGUAUAGCUGCUAUGAAGGACCAACUUGCAAAAUUUGGCGUCGUAUGCCGCGAGCUUGAAGAUGGAAUAGAGAUUGACGGAAAGCCCUCCACUGAACUCAAAAACCCAGUGGAUGGUGUCUACUGUUAUGACGAUCAUCGUGUAGCUAUGAGCUUCAGCGUCCUAUCCGUCGCAGCACCAGAACCUGUCUUGGUCCUGGAACGGGAAUGUGUAGGAAAGACUUGGCCCGGAUGGUGGGACAUAUUAUCAUUGUCUUUCAGUGUCAGAUUAGCUGGGAAGGAUGUUGGGGACGCACACACAAAGCCCGAGCUUGCAUCGGCGAUGCCAGACAAAUCAAUCUUUAUUAUUGGUAUGCGUGGUGCUGGAAAAACCACAGCCGGUGGAUGGGCCGCAGAAUACCUCAACAGACCUCUCAUAGAUCUCGAUGUGGAACUCGAACGAACUGUGGGGAUGACAAUACCGGAGUAUAUCAGGUCCAGGGGUUGGGAAGGAUUCCGAGAUGCGGAACUGGCCCUUCUUCGACGCGUUAUGGCAGAGAAGCCUACAGGGCAUGUCUUUGCAUGCGGGGGUGGCGUGGUAGAAACUCCUGAAGCUCGGCAUUUGCUUUCCAAUUACCACAAGUCAGGUGGGAUCGUCCUUUUGGUACAUCGGGACACAGAGCAGGUUAUGAAGUAUCUUCAAAUUGACAAGACUCGGCCAGCCUACGUUGAAGAUAUGAUGGAAGUUUACCUCCGUCGGAAGCCCUGGUUUCAGGAAUGCAGCAACUUUCAAUACCAUAGCAAGAACAGCGAUGCUGGCAGCUUGUCUACAGCGCGAAAAAAUUUCACCAGGUUUCUUUCACUUAUCUCAGGGAAGAGUACCCACUUCAGGGAGAUCCGGAGGAAAGAGCAGUCGUUUUUUGUCUCGUUGACAAUGCCGGAUAUCUCUACUGCCAUUGAUAUACUACCAGCGGUGGUCGUCGGGUCGGACGCCGUGGAAGUACGGGUUGACUUAUUGCAAGACCCCGAGUCGAAGAAUGGUAUCCCUGGCCUUGAUUUCUUGAGCAAUCAAAUAGCACAUCUGAGAUCGAUUGUGCCCCUUCCUUUGAUCUUUACCGUCCGAACUGUCAGCCAGGGAGGUCGGUUUCCGGAUAACGCACAGGACGAGGCAUUUGAACUCUACAGAGCCGCUGUCAGGAUGGGCAUGGAAUAUAUUGAUCUAGAGAUCACCUACUCAGACGAGCUACUUCAGAGCAUCACAGAAGCGAAAGGAAUUUCGAAAAUCAUUGCCUCACACCACGACCCCCAGGGGAAGUUGUCAUGGAAGAACGGCGGCUGGAUCCAGUACUAUAAUAGAGCGCUACAAUACGGAGACAUCAUCAAGCUUGUUGGGUCAGCCACGAGUAUUGAAGAUAACUUUGCUCUCGCGAAAUUCAAGUCCAGCAUGGCUGCCGCACACGACGUCCCUAUGAUUGCUAUCAAUAUGGGCAUCCACGGGAAGCUAAGUCGAAUACUGAAUGGAUUUAUGACUCCGGUAUCACACCCGGCGUUACCCUUCAAGGCUGCGCCAGGUCAGCUUUCGGCGACUGAAAUCAGGAGGGGUUUAUCACUUAUCGGUGAGAUACAACCAAAAUCCUUCUACCUCUUCGGGAAACCGAUUUCUGCGUCCAGGUCACCGGCUCUGCACAACACACUAUUCCAGCAGACUGGCCUUCCCCACGAGUACCUCAGUUUUGAGACGGAUCAAGCCCAUGACGUGAAAGAAAUAAUUCGCUCUCCGGAUUUCGGUGGCGCUUCCGUUACAAUACCCCUCAAGCUUGACAUUAUUCCACUCUUGGACGACAUCACCGAUGCUGCGAGGCUCAUCGGAGCCGUCAAUACCAUUAUUCCUACUGCGGGAGAACGUGGACAUCCGCUCCGGCUUAUCGGCGACAAUACCGACUGGCUCGGCAUGACACACUCGCUCACCACUGCGUCAGCCCCAUCAUGUGAAUCAGAGUCACCUGGGAGUGCUCUGGUAAUCGGUGCAGGUGGUACAGCGCGAGCAGCAAUCUACGCCCUCCGGUCAUUGGGGCAUAGCCCGAUCUAUAUCGUCUCUCGCACACCAUCUAAGCUCUCGGCCGUCAUUUCCUCCUUUCCAGCCGAGUUUAACAUUGUCCCACUGGCUCGAGUUCGAGAGGCCGAAGGAAUUGCAGACGUACCCAACGUUGCUAUAGGGACCAUACCUGCCGAUAGUCCCAUUGAGCAGAACAUGCGGGAGGUUUUGGCGACGCUACUCCGACCACCCAAGGCGGGUGCAACUAGGCAGAGAACUCUGCUGGAGAUGGCGUACAAGCCAAGGCAAACAGCGCUGAUGCAAAUGGCAAAAGACGCAGGCUGGGUUACUAUCCCGGGCCUGGAGGUGCUCAGUGCUCAGGGUUGGUAUCAGUUCCAAAAAUGGACCGGCAUCACACCACUGUACACAGAUGCAAGGGCUGCUGUAAUGGGAGAUGAGAGGGAGUAGGGAGGCAGCAGCAUUUGCAGAAAUUAGGCACUUCAGCAGACUAAAUCCCAAUGAGACCCUCAGGGGGGAAAGGUCAUCGCAUCACAUUCCAAAAAGUAACUUGGCUCUUCACGAAUCCAAGAUUUUUGUAUUUUGAAAAGCUAUAUUUUACAUCUUCCCCGCUGCAUAGUAAUAGACAAAUCUCCAUGAGAU